CCCCAAUUUCACUGUAACCUUAACUUCGUCCAUUUUCUUGAAUCUAUAUUCUCUUCUGCAACUCUCUCUCUCUAGUUUCUCUCUCUACAAAUCAAUCGAAAAUGCGUGAGAUUCUUCACAUCCAAGGUGGCCAAUGCGGCAACCAAAUCGGAGCCAAGUUCUGGGAGGUGGUGUGCGCAGAGCACGGGAUCGAUUCGACGGGAAGGUACCAGGGAGACUCGGAUCUCCAACUGGAGAGAGUGAACGUGUACUACAACGAGGCCAGUUGUGGACGAUUCGUCCCUCGGGCCGUUCUCAUGGACCUCGAACCCGGCACCAUGGACAGCGUCCGAUCCGGACCGUACGGCCAGAUCUUCCGCCCAGACAACUUUGUCUUCGGCCAGUCCGGCGCCGGCAACAACUGGGCCAAAGGCCACUACACCGAAGGUGCCGAACUCAUCGACUCCGUCCUCGACGUCGUCCGCAAAGAAGCCGAAAACUGUGAUUGCCUUCAAGGGUUUCAGGUGUGUCAUUCGUUGGGGGGAGGUACGGGCUCGGGGAUGGGAACGCUGUUGAUAUCGAAGAUAAGGGAGGAGUAUCCAGAUCGGAUGAUGUUGACGUUCUCGGUGUUUCCGUCGCCGAAGGUAUCAGAUACGGUCGUGGAGCCGUACAAUGCUACUCUCUCUGUGCAUCAGCUUGUUGAGAACGCUGAUGAGUGUAUGGUUCUGGAUAAUGAGGCUCUCUAUGAUAUUUGCUUCCGUACACUCAAGCUCUCCACUCCCAGUUUUGGAGAUUUGAAUCACCUUAUUUCUGCAACCAUGAGUGGUGUCACUUGUUGCCUUCGCUUUCCUGGCCAGCUCAAUUCAGACCUUCGCAAGCUUGCAGUCAACCUCAUCCCAUUCCCACGACUUCACUUCUUUAUGGUUGGUUUUGCACCACUCACAUCUCGUGGGUCUCAGCAAUACCGUGCCCUCACUGUCCCCGAGCUCACCCAGCAAAUGUGGGAUUCCAAGAACAUGAUGUGUGCUGCUGAUCCUCGACAUGGUCGGUACCUCACAGCAUCAGCCAUGUUCCGUGGUAAAAUGAGCACCAAGGAGGUGGAUGAGCAAAUGAUCAAUGUACAAAACAAGAAUUCGUCAUACUUUGUCGAGUGGAUCCCAAACAAUGUCAAGUCUACUGUGUGUGACAUCCCUCCUACUGGUCUGAAGAUGGCAUCGACAUUUAUUGGCAACUCAACAUCAAUCCAAGAGAUGUUCAGGAGGGUCAGUGAGCAAUUCACGGCUAUGUUUCGCAGGAAGGCUUUCUUGCACUGGUACACUGGAGAGGGUAUGGAUGAAAUGGAGUUCACAGAAGCUGAGAGCAACAUGAAUGAUUUGGUCUCAGAGUACCAGCAAUACCAGGAUGCUACUGCUGAUGAGGAAGAGUACUAUGAUGAAGAGGAGGAUCAGGAAGCCGCCUAAGAUGGAUGAUGAUGAUGAGUUGUCUAUAUUGUUUUUCCGACAGAAUCAGGGUCUUUUGUAGUUGAUGGAAUGUGAUUUGCUUGCUGGUCUUUUGGAUUAUGGGGGUUGGUCUGUUGUAUUACCUUUUCAUUGGGUGUGCACUUCUUUUCUGGCUUUGUUGUUUUCACAAUUGGUGAUUUUCUUUUGAUUGUUCCUCUCCAGUUUUGAUGUUAGGUCAGAUUGGGUAAUAUGCAGCACAGUACUAUUUUCUUGUUAAACUCAUUUUCAAUGCUUAACCAAAGAAAGGAAUCCCUAAUUCCAUUUCUGUGCUUCA